AUGGCGAAAAGAAUAGAUGGAAUCCAAUUAGCAGAAGUGAGCACAACAAAUCAACCUUCAAUUGAAUGGAGUCAAAGUGAAGCAAGCAACAUUGAACAUCAGCCAGAACAAAUUCAAUACAUGCAUAACACUUCAAACUCCUCUAAAAAUGAUUUUCAUGGUGACACAGACAACCCAUCCUGGAGGAACCACCCCAACCUGAAGUGGGGUGAUAAUCAAAAUCAUUGGCAAAAUAACAACAACUCCAACCAUUCCCGUAACACAAACAGCCAAAAUCAUUCAUCUAACAAUACUAACCAAUACAAGAAACCACAAAACACAUAUCAAACACCCCAUAACAAAUCACAAAGUUACCAAAAUAACUUCUCCACACCACCAUUCAAAUCACAAAAUGCCCACCCUAAUGCACCAAACAACUUCCAGCAACAACAAUCAUACCUUAUCAUACCACCCAUUGACCAUCAUGAAACCAGAAUUUCAAGUCAUGAGGCAGCCUUACAAGCCCUCACCCAAAACACACAAUCACUUGCUCAGACCACUCAAGGCCUAGUUAAAGGCCAGGAGACCUUGAUUAAAGUACAAGAGAGACAUGAAGCCACCAUGAGGAACCUUGAGAGACAAUUGGGACAACUAGCCAAACAAGCUAAACGGCCAACCAAUAUUCUCCCAAGUGAUACAAUCCCCAACUCAAGGGAAGAGUGUAAAGCUGUACAGUUGAGGAGUGGCGAGAUAGUGGGAAAAAACACAAGGGGCUUCAAUGAGGAAGAAGCAAAGUCUGAAGAAAAGAGCACAAUAGACAACAAGAAAGAUGAAAAGGCAUCAACCUCUAAAAAGGACAAGGAAAUUUUGAAGCCACAACAAAAGGACAAGAAAGAAGGAGUAAAGCCUUAUAUACCAAAACUUCCUUACCCACAGAGGCUACACAAAGAAGCAAGGGACCAAUAA